CUGAUAAAAAUCCCAAUUUUUUUUUCCUGCAGAAUUUAUAAGGCUACACUUGUGAAGGGGAAGUGUUUCUGUUUUUGGGAAAAGGCCCAGACAAAUCUAAGGAAAAACAUGUUGUUUAAUAUUGUCCAUGAAGUAAGUGUUUUGUAACGUAUCAAGAUUGUGAUUUUCAAGGAAUCGCCUUAUGCGGGUAUCUCGCUACGUUUGGCCUUUUUCCACUGCUCAUCUCCUUUCAAUAUUUUUAUAAUAAUACUACUCACCACUUACCAUAUAAGCUCAAAGGCAUUUGUUCUGACCAUUUUCUUUCAAUCAUUCAUUCAUUCAGCCAAGCAUCUUUGAGAUUGUAAACUUCUCAUGCAUGAAUGGUCAUUGCUUAGUGCUCCUUUUGAAACGCCAUUCUUUUCAUUCGGUCUAAGCAUCUUUACCAUCUUUUUCCCCUGUUCUGCUUAGAUGGUCACAACUAACAGCUAAAAUUAGACCCCCUUCCAUUCUCCUUCAGUAAUUUCCAGGUAUCAUUUGUUGACAUGGAAGUGGCUUCCGAAGAGGGUUCAAGUUAUGAUAGAGCAAAGGAACUGAAGGACUUUGAUGAAACUAAAGCAGGGGUUAAAGGACUUGUUGACUCUGGUGCUGUCAAGAUUCCCAAGUUCUUCAUCCAUCCCCUGGAAAGCCUGAAAAACCUUAAUGCUAGCAGUACUAGUACAGUUUGUUUCCAAGUUCCAGUGAUAGAUCUGGAAGGCUUUGAAGGUAGCCGACGGAAGGAGAUAUUGACUGGAAUCUUGGAAGCUUCAGAAACAUGGGGUUUCUUUCAAGUUGUUAACCAUGGCGUUUCUCUUUGCAUUAUGGAUGGAAUGCUAGAAGGUGUGCGCCGAUUCCAUGAACAACCAAAGGAUGUGAAGAUGGAAUGGUACUCGCGGGAUUAUAAGCAGCCUGUUAGGUAUUUCUGCAAUGGAAAUCUCCUUGUAAACAAAGGAGCUGCAAACUGGAGGGAUUCAAUAGCAUUUGAUUUCCAUGAUGGCCAACUAGACCCCCACAAUUUUCCUCCAAUAUGCAGGGAAGCUGUAAGUGAAUACAUAAAACACAUGAUCAAGCUAAGAAAGACACUAUCUGAACUUCUAUCAGAGGCUUUGGGGCUUCACAGUGACUACCUUGCCAGCAUAGGAUGCAUGGAAACUGAGUCCCUGGUAUGCCACUACUACCCUGCUUGCCCCGAGCCAGACUUAACGCUGGGAGCAACCAAGCAUUCAGACCCAUCUUUCCUGACCAUUCUCCUUCAAAACAAUAUCAGAGGCCUCCAAGUUCUUCAUCAAAGUAACUGGGUUGAUGUUCCUUCUCUUCCAGGCGCUUUUGUGAUUAACAUUGGUGACUUCAUUCAGCUCAUCACAAAUGACAAAUUCAGAAGCGUGGAGCAUAGGGUGCUGGCAGGACAAGUACCAAGGGUAUCGGUGGCGUGUUUUUUCUAUCCAAGUACAGCUAAUAAACUUAAACCAUAUGCACCAAUAAAAGAGCUCCUAACAGAAAGUAAUCCACCUAUAUACCGGGAAACUCAUGUUACUGAAUAUAUGGCCUAUUUCAGGGCCAAAGGCCUGGAUGGAAACUCAAGCCUUCCUCAUUUUAAAUUGCAAUAACCUUAUGAUGCAAUA